UUGACAAAUAAUCACCAUCAACACCGAAGAAUUCAUCAGAGUUCAAGUGCGGCGAAUUCGAUCUAAAUUUGUAAUAUCUACCGGAAGGCAGGCUCCUCCUAAUUUUAUAUCACCAAAGUUUCUUUUUCUAACUCUCACCUUACGCACUUUUACAUUGCUGAGCAACUGAGUGUCGGUGAAAUAAUUUUUGUCAUAGUACAUAGUAGCAGUCCAAGCCAAAGCUUUCCUCAGAUCAUGCUUGCAAGUUCGAAAGUUCAUGAGGUUCACGAAAUUUUCAGCCUCUUUAAAUCUCUAAUCUGAAUGUAAUACAAGAAAAAAGAAUCCUCUUUUACCGAAUGUAACUGAAGUAAAGCGCUGAUUGAACACAGUCUGGUCAAUUUUAAAGGAUUACAACGGCCUGGCUGAAACUGCCGUGUAAACUUAGAUAUGUGGUUCAUUUAUGGUAUUCGAUGCCGACAAUUUAAAAUCAUGGUCAGCUCUCGCCUUUGAUUUUCAUUGUUGUUUGUGCUGUCAGUUUCUGACUUUGAAAACUAAUCCUCAUGGCUCUGACGCAUAAAGCUGGCGGUCAGGGUGGAAGGAAGAAGGUUCAGGUAUCCUUUGUGAUUAGAGAAGAAGAGGAAAAACAACAUCGAGCCGGAGUCAAUUCAUUACAAUAUGAUCCAUUACUGGAUAGACUUUACUCAGCUGGGCGCGACAGCAUUAUCCGCAUAUGGAACUGCAAAAACCCCAAAGAUCCUUACCUCCAAUCUAUGGAGCAUCAUUUUGAUUGGGUCAAUGACAUUGUUUUAUGUUGUGGUGGAAAAAACUUGAUUUCAGCAAGUGCCGAUACAACGGUCAAGGUAUGGAAUGCUCACAAAGGGUUUUGCAUGUCAACAUUACGGACUCACAAAGAUUAUGUACGAGCACUCGCAUAUGCCAAAGAUAAAGAGCAGGUUGCAUCUGCUGGAUUAGAUAAAGCUGUCUUCCUGUGGGAUGUUAACACUCUCACUCAGUUAACUGCAAACAAUAACACUGUAACCACAUCAACAAUGACCGGUAGUAAUAACUCCAUAUAUAGUUUGGCAAUGAACCCUCCAGGAACGGUAAUCAUUAGUGGAAGCACUGAAAAAGUUCUCCGAGUUUGGGAUCCCCGUACUAGUAACAAAUUGAUGAAACUUAUAGGUCACACUGACAAUGUGAAAGCACUUGUUGUUAACAAAGAUGCAUCCCAAUGUAUAUCUGGUAGCUCAGAUGGAACUAUUAAGUUGUGGUCUCUAGGCCAACAGCGAUGCAUUCAUACAUUUAGGAUUCAUGAAGAGGGCGUUUGGGCUCUAGCGGUCAAUGAAUCUUUCACACAUGUCAUAUCCAGUGGUAGAGAUUGUAAAGUCCUAAUGACAGAUCUACGAAACAUGUCAAAACCGCCAGUUUUAGUAUGUACAGAGAAAGCUCCUGUCCUGAAAAUGGUGACAACUCCCGACCAGGCCGGGAUUUGGGUCGCAACUUCCGAGUCAGAUAUCAAUUAUUGGGCAUUACCUAAGAAAGACAUAUCACCUGUGGCUAGCGGUGAUGGUAACGACUCAGAUGUCUGUGAUUUGAAGCCUUAUUGUUCCGCACCAGUGUUCACCAUUAAAGGGGCGCCGGCAAUUAGGAAAGUGCAUACUCUGAAUGACAAACGUAUGAUACUGACUCAAGAUUCGGAUAAAAAUGUGGCACUUUACGAUGUCUUGGAGGCUCGUAAAUUGGAGGAUCUUGGUCAAGUUGAUUUUGAGGAAGAAAUCGAAAAACGACACCGGAGAAUAUAUGUGCCAACAUGGUUCAAUAUUGAUUUGAAAACUGGGAUGUUGACCAUCCAUUUAACACAAGAUGAAAAUGACUGUCUAGCUGCUUGUGUCUCAUCAAGAGAAGUUGGGCUUACCUGUCCUGAGGAACCAGACAUGAGAGUCAACUAUGGAACUGUAUUAUUAAGAGCGCUUCUAGAGCAUUGGUUGGACCCUUUUACGAAAGAUGAGGAUGCAGAAAUAGGUGGUCAUCAAAUCAGGCAAAUAGCCAAUGAUUUUCGAUUAGUUCGAGUACCUGGUCAUACGCCCCUCAUUUUCAGUGACGUAGGUGGUAGGGCGUUUCAUCGAUUGCUCGUCAAAGAUGCCGGCGGUGAAAAUGAGUCAACUCUUCUCAAAGAAACAGUACCACAGUGGGUUCUUGACGGAAUUUGUGACAAAAAUAACCCAGCAAAGAAUCAGUUUCCUAAAAUUGCCUUUUUCCUUCAACCGCAUCCCUCUACUGGGAUCAAACAUAUGAAAAAAGAUCGACUUGCAGCGAAUGAUUUUAUUCAAAUGUUUAAAGUAGCUGAGCACGUUUAUGAAAAAGUAUUGGGGAGUGAUGGUAAUUCACCUGGCUCUGAAAGAGCUGAAGAUCCAGACAACAACAUACCAUCAAAAGACCGAGUGGAACUUUUAUGCAAUGAUGAGGUCCUUCCGCCAUAUAUGGAUUUACGAACUGUCAAACAUUUUAUUUGGAAGUCAUCAGCCGACCUAAUUCUUCAUUUUAAGCCAAUUAAACCAAUUCCCAAUUCUACACAACGAUCGUGAUGAUAAAGCCAUUUUUUUAAAAAAAAUUCCAAGUAUCUCAUAAGCAUUGAAGUCAAAGUUUCAUCAAACUUCUUAGUUGCCAGAUUAGUCACUUUUAAAUUUUAAUAUAAACUUUUUUAUGUCAUUUCAUUCCCUUUUACAAUGUGUUUCAAGAGAAGCUUAAAUCUCUAACAUUAACCUAAAAGUGAUCAAAUCACACCACAGGUUGUAUCAAAGUUCUUUAUUUCUCUUUUUUGAUAGAGGGAGAGGAAGAACUUAUUAAAUUGUUCACGGGUAGAGUAACAUAGCCGAUACUUUUUAAUUGCUAGCCAGGAAUUUUCAAAUCUUGGGGGAAGUCACAAAGCCCCAUAGAGAAAAUACAGGAAAUGGUGAUGAGCGUUAGUUUGUGCAAUUCUUGUCACUGCAAGCAAACGCAGGUCGACAUACAUUGUGACGAAAGUGAAUCAUGCUGGCGCUAAGCAGUGUCUCCUAUUUUUUAAACCUCAGUCUGUAUUUUCUCUAUGAUGGAGCCCCAUUCUCCCUUGCAAUGCUUGUCUUGUCUGUGUUGUGAGACUCCCCCCCCUCUCAUUGAAGGCAAUUCAUGAAAGACUCGAUCGGCACCCUAAAUAGAAACCCUUCUGUGAACGUUCUUUUAUGAAUUCAUCAUCAAGCAUGUGCAGAUAGUUUGCCAGUAUGAAUGAUUUCCCACCUUUUGUAAAAUUAUUUACGUAAGUGCUCUGCUCUGUAUCGUUUUAUUUUGUUUCUUGAAUGUUAAUUUCGUAGUCUGGAUUGACUGCCUAUCUUAUAGUGAGGAGAAAUGGGUAUGAUCCUUGAGGUGCUAUUUUAAAUUUAAGAAGUAUUGAUGAAUCAGUCAGGGUUCCUGAAGUAUAAUUUAGCUCCCUAUUGUUUUUGAUGAAUCUAACCUUUAGAACUUUUAGUGAUUUUUUAUGGGGUAGGGAGAAGUCAGGGGAGUGAUGAGUCUAACCCCUUAAAAAAUCCAUCUUCCGAGAUGAAGAAUUACCUAAGUGUAACACUUGGAGCAGAGCAAACAUGAUCUGCAUAGGUUUGCAUCGAUGAAUCAACCACUACAGCGAACGUUGGUUAGAAAAAAUACUCCCUGUUUGAUCACUGAUACUGCUUAUGACUCAAGCAUGUUAUUUUUUAAGAUUCUAGAAUGAAGCUCCUGAAAAACUCGAGCAGUCAGCGGGGUUUUUUGUCUCCCGCCUAAAGUUUGAUAACAAUGAACAUCUGAUAUCUUUUGUAUUAAACUCAUUAUCUCAAUAAUAAAAUUCAUUGAUUUAUUUUCAAAA